AUGCGGCGUUUCUCUAAUGCAUAUUUUAUCCCACAAGCCGCCGUUACGCCAAGUCCUCCGACUUUCUGGCCGCAAGGCCGCCUGGUUUUCAGCGCGCAACUUCUCCCGUUUCACGCGUGCCGUACUCAAGCAGCAGUGAGCUGCCUGUGUCCUCGUGACAAGGUCGGCUCCCGAUGGAUCGACGUUGUUGCCCACGUGUCCCAGCCCAACUCUGUUGGGCAUGAGCCGAUAUCUCUGAUUUCCUACCCUAGCGCAUCCUCAUCCGAGGUUUCAAGGUGUGGUUUCCAGUUUCCAGUCGCCGUGUUACCCUAA